AUGAAGAAGCUUGUCACUCCGAAGCUUGUCACUCCGAAGCUUGUCACUCCAAGUUUGGAAUUGGUUCAUCAUGCUCAAUAUGUUGAGCAACUUCAACAUAUCAAAGUUCUCUAUACGUCAUCUCUCUCUAAUAACAGUACUAUAGCUCAGACAUCUCUUGAUCAGUGGAGUACUUCUCAGAAAAAACUCUAUUCUUCUUAUUUUGAUUUUCACUUAGUCAACACGAUUAUUCCACUAUUUGAAAUGGUUUAUGCUUUGUGUGGUUGUAAACUGGACGAAGUAUUUGCUAUUCUUAAUGAUCCUUCAUAUGUCUGUCGUACUCGUAUGCUAUCAAUGGAAAAAUACCUUUUGACUGUGGGAUCAAUUGGAAGUGUAUGCGCCAUUGGUUAUGUUAGAGCUUUUUUGGAGAAAUUUGAGCAACUCCCUGAGUCUUAUGGGAAGAAAACAUUUGAUUUUUGUGAGCAGCGUGGUCUUAAGCUCUUUAUGGAGUUUACCGGAUUGACCAAACGAUUUGCUGCGAAGGGAAAGACUGAUAAUCCUAAGAAGGAUCUUGGUAAGGGGGCGACUGCUGAUGAGGGUAAAGAUGUUGGAAAUUCUGCUCUUGAGAAGGAUCUUGGUAAGGGGGCUGCUCUCGAUGAGGGUAAAGAUGUUGGAAAUUCUGCUCUUGAGAAGGAUCUUGGUAAGGGGGCUGCUCCUGAUGAGGGUAAAGAUGUUGAAAAUUCUGCUCUUGAGAAGUAUCUUGGUAAGGGGGCUGCUGUUGAUGAGGGUACUGAUGUUGGAAAGUCUACUGUUGAUGCUGCUGAGACUGUAAGGGUUCUUCUUGAGAAGAAGAACAACAAUGGUGGGAUUAAGGUAGUUGUCAAUAUCUUCACUGCAGUUGUUGGAAAUAAUAUUUCCAACUAGAAAUGAUGUUAGGCUAAUAGAAUUUCUGAUGAGGGUAGUGAUAUUGUUGACAGUUGAUGCUACUGAGACUGGCUGUGGAAAUAAUAUUUCUAAUAUUUCCA